AAAAUGGCGGCGGCCCCGCCCCGUGGGCGGGGGGCGCCGAAUGGCGGCGUCGCUGCGCGCCGGGGGGAAUCGCUCGUUGCCGUCGCUCGUCCCGGCGUCUCUUCGGCGUUUCGGCGCCGCCAUGCAGCACCCCGCGGCGUCCUCGGCACGGCCGGGCAGCCCCGAGCACGGCGCUGGAGCAGCAGCGGAGUCGGGGGCUAGCGGCGGUGGUGGUGCUGGGGGCUGGCUGGGAGCGCUGCGCUUCGAUAACCUGGCGCUGCGCUCGCUGCCCGUGGAGCCCUCCGAGGACACUGCCCCGCGGGCCGUGCCCGGCGCCUGCUUCUGCCGGGUGCGCCCCACGCCGCUGCGCAACCCGCGGCUGGUGGCCAUGUCGCUGCCGGCGCUGGCGCUGCUGGGGCUGGAAGCCGCCGAGGUGGAGGAGCGGGAGGAGGCCGAGGCGGCGCUGUACUUCAGCGGCAACCGCCUGCUGCCGGGCUCGGAGCCGGCCGCACACUGCUACUGCGGCCACCAGUUCGGCAGCUUCGCCGGGCAGCUGGGCGACGGCGCCGCCAUGUACCUGGGCGAGGUGCUGGGCCCGCGGGGCGGCCGCUGGGAGAUGCAGCUGAAGGGCGCCGGCCUCACCCCCUUCUCCCGGCAAGCCGAUGGUCGUAAAGUCCUGAGGUCAAGCAUACGAGAGUUCCUGUGUAGUGAGGCCAUGUUUCACCUAGGAAUACCGACAACGAGGGCUGGAACCUGCGUGACAUCUGACUCGGAAGUUGUUCGUGACAUAUUUUAUGAUGGAAAUCCAAAAAAAGAAAAGUGUACAGUUGUUCUGAGAAUAGCUUCUACGUUCCUAAGAUUUGGUUCUUUUGAAAUUUUUAAACCUACUGAUGAAUAUACAGGACGCAAGGGUCCUAGCGUCAACAGAAAUGAUAUUCGAAUACAAAUGCUUGAUUAUGUGAUCGGCACUUUCUAUCCGGAAAUCCAGGAGGCUUAUCCAGACAACAAUAUUCAGAGGAAUGCUGCUUUCUUCAAAGAGAUAACGAAACGGACAGCAAGACUGGUUGCUGAGUGGCAGUGUGUUGGCUUUUGCCAUGGCGUGCUGAAUACAGAUAAUAUGAGCAUAGUUGGACUAACUAUUGACUAUGGCCCUUUUGGGUUUAUGGACAGAUAUGACCCCGACCACAUUUGCAAUGGUUCUGAUAAUACAGGGCGCUAUGCUUACAACAAGCAGCCAGAGAUUUGCAAGUGGAAUCUAGGGAAGCUCGCUGAAGCCUUAGUUCCAGAGCUGCCCCUGGAAAUCAGCGAACUCAUCCUGGAAGAGGAAUACGAUGCGGAAUUUGAAAAACAUUAUUUGCAGAAGAUGAGGAAGAAACUAGGCCUCAUUCGGUUGGAAUUAGAAGAAGAUAAUAAGCUGGUGUCUGAACUUCUCGAAACCAUGCAUCUCACAGGCGGAGACUUCACAAAUAUUUUCUACUUGCUGAGUUCAUUCUCAGUAGAUUUUGAUCCUUCAAGACUGGAACAUUUCUUAGAAAAGCUUGCAAGUCAGUGUGCUUCUAUGGAAGAACUGAAAGUUGCUUUCAAGCCUCAGAUGGAUCCAAGACAACUGUCAAUGAUGCUAAUGUUGGCUCAGUCUAAUCCUCAGCUGUUUGCACUAAUUGGAACAAAAGCUAAUAUAAAUAAAGAAUUAGAGCGCAUUGAACAAUUCACUAAACUGGAGCAGUUAACAGCAGCUGAUUUACUCAGCAGAAAUAAAAAACACUGGACAGAAUGGCUGGAAAAAUACAAAGUCCGUUUACAAAAAGAAAUAGAAGGCAUUAGUGAUGCUGAUGCCUGGAAUACUGAUCGUGUGAAGGUUAUGAAUUCCAACAAUCCAAAAUAUAUCUUGAGAAAUUAUAUUGCCCAGAAUGCCAUAGAAGCAGCUGAAAAUGGGGAUUUCUCAGAGGUAAGAAAUGUAUUGAAACUCCUAGAGAAUCCAUUCCAAGAAACGGAAAGUUCCACAGAGGUGAAGGGAGACACAGAAGAGGAGGAAGCAACGGCUGCAGCAGCUGCUUGUGCUCAAGCAACCAGAAGCAGACUGCCAUAUUGCAGUAAACCUCCACUGUGGGCUUCCGAGCUCUGUGUUACAUGAUCUUCAUAACCGCCUUGUUUUAUUUUUUGCUGUAAACUGAAGACUGAUUCUCCUUCAGCAGUGAAGAAUUCAGCAAGGCGAACGUCAAAGUGCUGUUAGGUUAUAGAAACAACCCCGUGUUUGGAUGCACCUAAAAACAGUCUUCAGCUGUGCUUAAUUUGGAGCAAUUAUGGAUCAUCAGAACAAACGAAAAACAAUUAGCAGUCUGUAUACGUCACUAAUAUUUAUUUUUGAGACAAAGUCUUUGCUUUAUUCAUACCACACAGCAAGUAGAAAGCAAUAUUUUGUUUUGGAGCACACUGACUUUUGAACAUCCAAAUGGAGUUGUUAUGUGAAGACAAAAAUAGCAAGUCAGGAAUCUGAUAUAUUUUUGUCUGAUGUCUUAACUAAUAGUACUUCUAACAUUUAUUUGCUGCUUUUUUUUUUUCUAUGCAGGGACUUUCAGUCCUCUUUAAUGGAGGAAUAGAUUCAGUGUUGCUUGUUUUAAGCCAUGAUUCAUUUAAGUAGUUCAUUUUUUUGUGAACACUUAAAUUGAUAUUUAAUCUUUGAUUUUAGAGUGUGUGCAAGCAGGAGAUUGGGGGGGGAAAUCAACUCUUUGUUUUGUUUUGGUUUUUUGUUCAUUUGUUAUUUAGUUAUAAUAUAUAAAGAGCAGAACUAAGGGAGACUGUAUAUUUGCACUUGAAAAUCUUGAUGGUGAAGUUCAUUCAGGUUCUUUACAUUUGCAUACAAUGUGUGUGUAAACAUUUGCUAAAAUCAUGGGUGCAAUUUGUAAGCCAGUUGAUUCAGGCAAAGGCAGUUACCCUGUUAGCGUCAACGUCAUAUAAGUGACCCUAGGACUCAGAUACAGAUUGGUUGUCUGUGUAUUCUUAAUAUAGUCUCCUCGUACAAAAAGCAUGCAGGUGGGGUAGCUGUCUGUUCACAUUGGUCAAUGGGGUCACUUACUUUGCUUCCAUGGUCUUUGGAAAAUGUUUACACUGAAACAUACCAUUUGUGCUUGUGUAAAAGAUUAUAGUGGAUAACGGGAGGAGGAUGGGAGCUGACUUGCUUGAAAAUGUUAUUGAUAGUCUUUUGUUGAGAUUUCAGGGGGAAUUCAGUUGUCAUUAUUGCAAUGUCAGCAAAAUAUCCAUAGUUUAAAGGCAUUGGUUAGCUUUCUGAACUUAUUUCUAAAGGGCUUUGUUCUUGGAUACCUGAAAUCUUGGGCAAGUUUGGCUUAGUGCAAAGGUUUCUCUUCUCCAAAGAGGCUACUCUUUUACACUGUGAAUUUAAGUGCACUCUGGUAAAUUCUUCCAACCCUGUGCAAGUUUGGUAUUAGCUCAGGUUGAAUUGUGCUCUUGUAAGUCUUCCUCAAAGCAUGAGUUAAGGAAAAACAGGGAGAACAGUUGGCCUCUGCUUAUCCAUCUGUUAUAAUCAGUUUGUUCUUGUUGCUGCCACAGUAAAUAGGCAAUGUUUUGAAUGUAAAUGUUGAUUCUAUCUUGCCUUUGACCUAGAGAAGCUGAUGAUGAAUGUCUGUGACAAAUUAGAAUCUCUCUAACAAUGCUUCACUGCAACAUUUCCUUACUGAAAAGGAUAAACCUGAAGGUGUCUUCAUCUAGUCCACGGAAGAACGGUGUAGUUGAAAGAGGAAAUUGCUUUAAGAAGUGGGCAACAAUAAAUAAUACUUGCUGGUGCAGUAUGCUAGAAAUAA